GGCGGCUUCUCCUCCGUCAACACCACACCCCGUUCCAAUGCCACGCCCCUCGGCGUCCCCACCCAUCCCGACUGACCUGGGCAGCAAACGGCGGUUGGAGAAAGCCCAGGAGGGUAGCGUGAGGGGAGAGGAGGGGAAGGGAACAGGGGGGGAGAGAAAGGCGUCGAGCAGAGCGCGCGUGCGACGGCGUCCGCGAGCGGAGCCAGGAGUGACCGACCGACCGACCGCCUGCCUGCCAGCCUUUGAGGGGGAGGGGUAGCCUGCGAACAGCAUGGCGGCUGGGCGCGAGCCCCCGCCGCCGCCUCCUCCUCCUCGUCAUCAUCAUCUUCCUCGGUUCCCUGCCAGCCCCCUGGCCACCGCCGCUCGAGCGUCGAGGCCCACCGACCUCCUUCUCCCUCUGCCCCGCUGACUGACCGAAGAGGGAAAAGAAAAGAGGCACAGGGGAAGGAAGGAAGGAAGGAAAGAAGCCUCGCCCUACCCGGCCCAUCCCGGCCAUGGAGCUCGCCAAGCCGGUUUUCCCCGCGCUGCCGCAGCCCAAAGAGGACUCCGAGGAUUGGACAUAUCCAAUGAGAAGAGAGAUGCAGGAAAUUUUACCUGGCUUAUUCUUAGGCCCAUAUUCUUCAGCUAUGAAAAGCAAGCUACCUACACUUCAAAAACAUGGGAUCACUCAUGUAAUAUGCAUAAGACAAAACAUUGAAGCAAACUUUAUUAAACCAAACUUCCAGCAGUUAUUUAGGUAUUUGGUCUUGGAUAUUGCUGAUAAUCCCAUUGAAAAUAUUAUAAGGUUUUUCCCAAUGACUAAGGAAUUUAUUGAUGGGAGUUUACAAAAUGGAGGAAAAGUUCUUGUGCAUGGGAACGCGGGGAUUUCUAGAAGUGCUGCCUUAGUUAUUGCAUAUAUUAUGGAAACAUUUGGUGUGAAGUACAGGGAUGCAUUUACAUAUGUGCAAGAAAGAAGGUUUUGUAUUAAUCCCAAUGCUGGAUUUGUUCAUCAACUUCAGGAAUAUGAAGCCAUCUAUCUAGCAAAGUUAACUAUCCAGAUGAUGUCACCUAGGCAGCUGGAGCGAUCACUCUCAGUUACUACAGGAAGUCUGAAACGAACACAUGAAGAGGAGGAAGAAAGCAGCGUACAAGCAGCAGCUCAGAAUGGUUGACAGCUGAAAAUACCUGGACUUGUUGGGAGUUUUAUAGCAGCUUCUAAUCUUGGCAAGAUGAACAACCAGAUAUGAAUUUAUAAAUGGAAGAUGAUUCUAACUUCCUUAUGCAAACCUGUUCCUUCAGUAGCAUACAAGGCAACAUUUUUAAGGUAUUAGAUUCCUUGACUGACUAGAAGGCACUGAUUGUUUUAUUGUUUUUUUUUACACUUUAUAGUUUUACCCUUACCCCAAAGUUUUGGACUUGCAAAGAGGUAUUAUUGCAAUAAUGCACUUUUCAUACUUGAAAUUUAUUUGUAUUGAUAAAAUUAUUACUUAAGCAAA